GCUAACAGCAGUAAAUAUUGAGCUCACUGCGCCCUCUACCGGUUAGAAUUGCAAUAGAUCUAUUCGCCGCGGUGAUCAGCUGUGAAUCUGCGGCUGGUGCUUGAUGCGUCCACUGGAACUUUAAAAUGCAGGCUCAAGAGAACAGAGAGCAGAAAAGCAACAUGGCUGAGUGAGGAUGAGACUACCCAGCUCUGUCCUUGUGUCGGUCUCUUUGUUUACGGCCGAGACGACGGCUGCUCUGUAUCUGAGCAGCACUUAUCGCUCCGCUGGUGAUCAGAUUUGGCAGUGUUUCACGCUUCUCUUCACGCUUGUGCCAUCCGUGCUGGUGCAGCUCACACUGAUCUUUAUUCACAGAGACCUGAGCAGAGACAGACCUCUAGUACUGCUGCUUCAUAUAUUACAACUAGGACCAAUAAUAAGGUGCCUGGAUGCCUUCUGUAUCUAUGGCAGCGCUGGAAAGGUGGAGGAGCCGUAUGUCACCAUCACCCGUAAGAAGCAGAUACCCCGGGAAGGGCAGACUGAGGAGGUGGAGCAAGAAGUGGGACAGGCGGAGGGAAAGUUAGUCACACACAGAGCCGCUUUCGCCAGGACCUCGGUCAUACAGGCCUUCCUGGGCUCUGCACCCCAGCUCACACUGCAGCUCUACAUCUGUGUGCUGCAGAGAGGGGUGUCCAUCGGUAGAGGCACAUUGAUGGUCAUUUCCCUUCUCUCAAUUGUAUACGGAGCCCUACGCUGCAAUAUUCUCGCCAUAAAGAUACGCUACGAUGAUUACGAAGUGUCCGUGCGUCCGUUGGCGUACCUGUGCGUGUUCCUGUGGCGAGGGUUCGAGAUCGCCACUCGUGUGACCGUGCUGGUCCUCUUCAGCUCAGUGUUGAAGGUGUGGGUGCUUCCGGUGGUGUCAGUCAACUUCGUCCUGUUCUUUCUUCGCCCGUGGGUUCUCUUCUGGAGCAGCCGUUCCCCGUUCCCGGAGAACAUCGAGAAGACGUUGACGCGUGUGGGGACCACCAUCGUCCUUUGUAUGCUGACAUUCCUGUACGCUGGAAUCAACGUGUUCUGCUGGUCCGCUGUUCAGCUCAGACUGGACGACCCCGACCUGAUCGAUAAGGGUCAGGCGUGGAGGCGGGUGGCAGUGUAUUAUUCCCUCCGUUUUGUCGAGAACACGGGGCUGACUUUGAUGUGGUACGUCUACCGGACUGAAUUUUACCAAUGGGUGGAUGCUCCCGUGUUAGAAAUACUGCUGUUGUUGGGUUACGCCACCGCUGUGUUUUUUAUGUUGCUCUUUUACCAGUUCUGCCACCCUUGCAGGCAACUGUUCUCAUCCAGUCCAGCCCAGGGUUUUGGGGAGUGCUGUGGAUCUCUCUGCCUGCUACGUGGGACUCUUUCCCAGCCAGGCUCCAUAAGGACCAAACCAGAAGGGAAAGACAUUGGAGAUGAUCCACCCUGUGUUACCAAAGGGGACAUCGGGCAGAGUUUAUGUGGCACCGUAUGAGCAAAGCACAACUUAAAGGGAUAGUUCAUCCAAAAAUGAAAAUUCUGACAUUCUGACAUUCAUUUACUCCUUUAUGGUGUUCCAAACCCAUAAGAUAUUGGUUAAUAAAGUAAGAUAUUUUUAAAGAAACCUGAGAGGUUUCUGUCCCUCCAUUGAAAGUCCAAGUAACCAAAACAUAGAAGAUCGUAAAACUAAUCUAUUUGAAUCGAUCGGUUUUUUAAGUCUUGUGAAGAGAUAUGAUCGCUUUAUAUGAUUCAGGCUUUUGCUCACAUAUAAACGCAUACAUAGAGCGUAUCACAUAUGGUAAGAAGCUAGAAGAAAUCUAAUUGGUUCUCAUGAGCGUUUGAAUCAUGUGAUGCAUGCACUAGCUUCUGGAUUUAUCAUAUGUUUUACUGUGUAGAUGUAAAUAAAAGCCUAAAUUUAAAUGUGGUCGUCGUAUAAAGCAAUCGUAUCUCUUCACAAGACUUCGAUUAAACUUUUUGAUUUAUACGGAUUCUUCUACGAUGCAUUUACUUUAUGACCUUUUUGGAUGUUUUAAGAUUUGGUUAUCUGGACUCAAUGGAGGGACAGAAACCUUUCGAUGAUUAACCAGUUUUAUGGGUUUGGAAUGACAUAAGGGUGAGUAAAUGAUGACAGAAAAAACAUGCAGGUUUGGAACAUGAGGGUGAAUAAAUCAUGACAGAAUUUGUGUUUGUUCAUGAGCUAUCCCUUUAAAACAUUGUCAUGAAGUGCCCUUUAAGGAGCGAAAGGGAGAAAUGAAAUUAAAAUGUUGGAUUUCUGCCUUUUACCUUUUAUGGUUUGUUGAACUUU